CUCAGCUGUUCGGAACCCUCCCGAGGCGGGGGUUCCAUUGCCCGGCUGAUGCAAGGACCGUCCUACCCCGGGGUGGGCCGGGGGAGUAACGGAGUCCACAAGGGUGGGCGGAGGUCUUCGGGGGAAGGACUGUCACGAUGGCUGCUCUGGUGGAUCUCUGCAAAGUCGGAGCCAAUACCGUGAAGUAUGCAGCUAACGGCGAGGUGGUGGAGCUGAGGAGCUUGUGGAAGGACCAGCCCUGCGUGGUGCUGUUCCUGCGCCGCUUUGGCUGCCAGGUAUGCCGCUGGAUUGCAAAGGAAGCCAGCAAGCUGAAAGAACCGUUGGAGAGCCACGGGGUCCGCUUAGUCGCCAUUGCGCCAGAAAGUGUGGGUCUCAAGGACUUCCUGGAUGGGAACUACUUCAAAGGAGAACUCUACCUGGAUGAGACCAAACAGUGCUACGGCGAUCUUGGCUUCAAAAGGUAUAACGCCUUAAGCAUAGUUCCUGCUGCACUGGGGAAGCCCGUUCGAGAAGUCGUCAGCAAGGCAAACGCGGAGGGCGUUCACGGCAACUUCAGCGGAGAUCUUUUGCAGAGUGGCGGCAUGCUGAUUGUCAGUCAAGGUGGAGAGGAAGUCCUCUUGCAUUUCAUACAGGAGUCCCCAGGUGACUACGUCCCCCUGGACGCCAUAACCAAGACCCUCGGCAUCUCAGCAAACGCAGAAGAGGGGGAAAGGCCUCAGUGUAAUGAAGAAGUCUGUUCCUUAUGAAGAGGGAAGGUAUGAAGCUGCCCUGAGCCAACACUUCUUUCUCCGCCUUCUUUGUACCCGGUAUAGCCCCUUUCCGAGUCCAAGAGUAACAUUUAUGUAAAUCAGCGAGGCUGAAGCCCCAAAUCUAAAUUAAUAAAAUGUC